AUGAAUGUUGUGGAGGAAGAAAAGGUUAUUAAAAAUAAAAUGCUUAUACGUGAAUCAACAUUAAUUCCACAUGUACCACUUUCUGUUUGGCCAAUUGUUUACCAUCCAAAAUAUAAUAUUUCGUUUUUUGGUGUAGAAAAAUUACAUGUUUUUGAUACAAAAAAAUGGGGGAAAGUUAUUAGUAGAUUAAUUGAGAAAGGGAUGAUAACAAUGGAAACUAUCGUUCAACCAAAUGAAGCAAAACAUUCAGAUUUACUUAUAGUUCAUACAGAAGAAUACUUAAAAUCUAUAAAUGAAUCAUGUAGUGCUAUAGAAAAAUGUAUUGAUAUGCCUCCAUUAAUUUUAUUUCCCCAUUGUAUUCUGGAAUCUUUUUUAUUAAGACCCAUGAGAUAUCAAGUUGGUGGAACUGUUACAGCAGCUUUUCUUGCCCUAGAUCAAAAUUGGGCAAUAAAUAUUGGUGGUGGAUACCAUCAUGCUUCCUCAAAUACAGGAGGAGGUUUUUGUAUUUAUGCUGAUAUAACACUUGCUUUAACAUUUUUAUUUGAUAGUAAUAGAAUUAAAUCUGCACUAAUUGUUGAUUGUGAUGCACAUCAAGGAAAUGGACAUGAACGUGAUUUCAAAACUGAUAAUCGUGUUUAUAUAUUAGAUGUAUUUAAUCAUGAAAUAUAUCCUCAUGAUUUUGAAGCAAAAGAUCGUAUGGACAGAGAUGUAAGAUUAAAGAGUGGAACGGAGGAUGGUGAAUAUUUAAGAAAAUUAUCAAAAGAAUUAUCAGCCACAUUGGGUGAAUUUAAUGCUGAUAUUAUAAUUUAUAAUGCUGGAACAGAUAUAUUAAUGGGUGAUCCACUUGGCUUAAUGAAUAUAACUCCACAAGGAGUUGUUGAUCGAGAUGAAUUAGUAUUUAAAAUGGCAUUUAAUUCAAGAACACCAAUUGUUAUGCUAACCAGUGGUGGAUAUACAAAAUCUUCUAGUACUGUUAUUGCUGAUUCAAUAUUAAAUUUGUAUAAUAAAGGAUAUUUAAAAAGAUGUAUAUUAUAA